AUGCCUCCACCACCUCCGCCGCCGCCACCGCCACCACCACCACCCAUGCCGCCGCUAGGUGGAUUACCACCGGCUGCUUCACAGGCAAACCGAAGCGACCUGCUUGAUGAAAUUGGUUCAUUUAGUAAAGGAAUUUUAAAAAAAGCAAAAACAAAUGAUCGAAGUUCACCACUGAUCGGUAAUAAAACUAAUAGUUCGCAUACGAACGAUUCUUCUGCGAAUGAUCCGUUAAUUCGUAUGCCCAUCAGACCACCAUUAGUAUUGUCACCAUUAAAAGUAAAUUUACGUCCAACCAUAAUGAAUAACCCAGUGCAGCUACCAGCCACCAGAGCGCCGGUAUCACAGCCAUUUGUUCCACCCCCAAUACCAUCGGUACCGCCAUUAAGUUCACCGGAUUUACAACAACCAGCAAAUGUUCGACAAACCGAAAAUUUUCAAUCUAAUAAUGAAACAAGAAAUUUUAUUCCCGCACAAAAUCCUCCUCGAUUACCUCCACGCGAGCCAUCACGCGAAGUCCAGUUACAACCAGAGAAAACGAUGGGGCAAUUCGCGAACAGUGGGAGUACAUUACAAAAACGUGCACUUCCUCCUCCACCGCCACCACCUCCUCCUCCCCCACCUUCAGUUUCUGCUCAAACAAUGGCAGUAAAAGUGAACAAUAAUCAUACAGUUCGGUUAGAUCCACAAAUCGUUGAAAAAUUUCAUUCAACAAUCAACAAUUUACCUGUUAAUAAUAAUCAACCAGUUCAAGUACAGAGAAAUAUCGCACCACCGCCACCACCGAGGCAGAUUAAUAUCCCAAUUCGUCCUCUACCAUCAGAAUUAGUUGAUUCAUCAAAUUCUUCAUCAAAUAUUAAUAAUUCUCAAACGGUUCUAUACGAUAUUGAAUUCGAAAAGAAGUAUGAUUGGUAUAAUAUUGACAAUCUUCCGCCACCUGAUCGUUAUAAUCUACCACAAAAAUCACAUAAACAUAUAAACCCACGUUGA